GCGGCCCCGCCCCGCGUCUAGCCAAUCAGAACGGGGGGCGGUGGGGGCUGUGCAGCCGGGGGGCUGCCGAGCGCCUUUCGCUGUCCAGAGCGCGGCUGGAGCUGGCGGAGGGUCGUGCAGGCCGAGCCCUGUGACCUCGUGCGACAACGGAGCCCCUCGGACUACAAAGGUAGAAGCGCUGGGCCUGGAGCCCAGCCCUAAGGACAUCUGGCAGCCCAGGGGCCAGUGACACCCGCUGUGGGAAGCUGGAGCAUCUCCAGGAUGGUGGAGACUGAGGACCUGCUGCAGCUGCGGCUGCUCAACCUGGAGCUCCUGAGGCAGCUGUGGGCUGGGCAGGAUGCUGUGCGACAGUCGGUGGCCAGGGCGGCCUCAGAGUCCAGCCAGGACUCCAGCAGCAGCUAUGACUCAGAGACGUCAUUGUCUCAAGAGACCUCCUCAACCUCCUCACGAGCCUCCUGCCCUCGGGACAAGUGCUACGUGUGGGGCCCACCACAUGCCCACGGAAGUGACCCCUGUGAUGAGGCCAGCUCGAGGACAGUCUCCCUCCCGCCUGCCAAACGCCAGCACCAGGAGUCCCUGGGCCAGCUGAGAUCCAACUCAGCACCCUGUCUGGCCACCUCAGACUUGGGGGACCCAGAGUUUUCUGCAGGGCUGGGUGAUCUGGGGCCCCAGGAGGAACGGGCCCUGAAGUCCAUCUUGGCUCAACGAAGCAAGCUGUCCAAGCCCAGAGUGAACUUCUCCGAGGAGUCUGCAGUGCCUGAGAGGAGCUGGCGCCUCAGGCCGUACCUGGGCUACGACUGGAUUGCGGGGUCUCUGGACAACAGCUCUCCGGUCACCGGCCAGCCUGAGGCCUUCUUCUCGAAGCUGCAGGAGUUCCGGGAAGCCAACAAGGAGGAGUGUAUUUGCAGCUACCCCGAACCCCAGCUCCUGGGCCUGCCCAAGGGCGGCGGCGCGGAGGAAGACCACGAGUGCGUGUACUGUUACCGGGUCAGCCGACGCCUGUUUCUGGUGCCUUUGGAUCCCGGCACCCCCUGCCGCCUGUGCAGGACACCGCGGGACCAGCGGGGCCCUGAGACCCUGGCGGACCCGGUGCAGGUCAGGGUGAGCAUCCCGCUGUCGAUCCUCGACCCCCCGCACCGGUACCGCAUCCACCGGCGUAAGAGCUUUGAUGCCUCCGACAUGCUGGCCCUGCCGCGGCACUGCCUGCUGGGCUGGGACAUCUUCCCUCCGAAGUCCGAGAAAAGCUCAGCGCCCAAGAGUCUGGACCUCUGGUCCUCUGUCUCCCCCGAGGCCCGGCGCCGGAAGCUGUCAGCGGCCAGCCCUUCCCGCCUGGUGCGGUUUAGGCUUUGCCAGUGCGGGCCCCGCCCCCAACCCCAAUCUGGUCAGAACCCCAGGUCGCCUGGCCCCGUGCCCCACGGCAGAAACCUUGAGGACUGACCACUUGGAGGGACAGCGCUCCUGCCACCUCUAGCCUCUGCCCUCUGGCAGGGGCACCCACUGCAUGGAAGCCUCCACCUGGUCUCGGCUGGCGGUGGCUCCGGCCCUGCCCUGCUAGGUCGGGCAGGUGGGCCGCCCAGGCCUGUCCCCUGCCUGGGGUUCACAGGGGGCACUUCUGGGUGGAAGGUAAGGGGAUUCUGUGGCAGGCUUGUAAAUAAAGCUCAGG